AUGAUAGAGAAGAAAUUAGUAAUAUUAUUGAAUUAGAUGAAGAUGAUAUACUUGAAGAUACUAAUAUAAAUAAAAAUAAUAUUGAUAAUGAAUUUAUAUUAGCAAUAAAUAAUUUUAUAGCAAUAACUAAUAAAAAUAAAAUAUUAACAGAAUUUAGAAGA